AUGGCCAACGGUGGUUUUGAACGAAUUGCCUUCGAGACAACUGGCCAGCCGCUCAAGUGCAAGGCAGCCGUGGCACGAGGCGUGAACGACCUGAGGAUCGAGGAAGUCAAUGUGGCAGUGCCAGGGCCAAGGGAGGUUCGCUUGAAGGUGAUGAGCAAUGCUCUGUGUCACACAGACAUCUACACGCUCUCCGGCGCCGAUCCCGAAGGGCUGUUCCCCAGCAUCCUGGGACACGAAGCCGGUGCCAUCGUGGAGAGCAUCGGCGAGGGCGUGACCAGUGUGAAAGUUGGAGACCACGUAAUUCCUUGCUACACCCCUCAGUGCGGUGAACCUGAAUGCAUCUUCUGCUUCCCUCCACGUGGAAAGCGCACCAACUUGUGCCCCAAGAUCCGUGGGACACAAGGCAAGGGCGUGAUGCCGGAUGGCACCAGCCGCUUCACGGAUGCCGAGGGCAAGACCAUCUGGCACUUCAUGGGUUGCUCCACCUUCUCGGAGUACACCGUGGUGGCGGACAUCUCCUGUGCAAAGGUGUCUCCUACGGCUCCUCUGGAUGUUUGCUCCCUGCUUGGUUGUGGCGUGGCGACCGGCUUGGGUGCCGUGUGGAACACCUGCGACGUGGAGGGUGGCAGCUCCGCAGCUGUCUUCGGGCUGGGCGCCGUGGGGCUCUCCGUGAUCCAAGGCUGCCAGAUGCGCGGAUGCUCCCGAAUUUUCGCCAUUGACAUGAACCCCAAGAAAUUUGAGAUCGCCAAACAGCUGGGCGCCACGGAUUGCUUGAACCCCAAGGACUACGAUAAGCCCAUCCAGCAGGUGAUUGUUGGUAUGACCACUUGGGGGGUGGACUACACCUUUGACUGCACUGGGAACGUGGAGGUCAUGCGCGCGGCUCUGGAGUGCGCGCACCGCGGCUGGGGUGAGAGCUGCGUCAUUGGCGUGGCGGCCGCUGGCAAGGAAAUUGCCACCCGGCCCUUCCAGCUGGUUACGGGCCGCAAGUGGACGGGCACAGCCUUUGGUGGCUGGAAGGGUCGCUCAGAGGUGCCCUCGCUGGUGACGGCCUACGAGGCCGGGCGCUUGAAGCUGGAUCACUACAUCACCCAUCGCUUCAAGGGCGUCGAAGGCACGAAGGAGGCGAUCGAAGCCCUCCAUUCAGGCGACUGCUUGCGAGCAGACGCAGCUUUGGCCGAGUUGGUUGGCGAAAGCUCAGCCUUUCGUCAGCUUUUUCCUCUGGCCAAGCGUGUCUGCCACGCGGCGCGGCACUUUGCAGCGGGCCAGCCCAUCAAGUGCAAGGCCAGCAAAGGAAGAGCCGGGAAAGAUCCCACGGACUUAAAGAGUGCAGGGCUCCUGGCCCUGCUGGCAGCGCAGCAAGUGCAGCAAGCGCAGGGCGAGGUGCCGGAAGAGUACCUGGAACCGCCGCCAGCCCAGGUGGAGGAAGUGGUGCCCGAAGUACGGGAAGACAUCACGUCGCAGCGUGCGACCGUCUUCGAUACCAUUGAAGGUUGUACGGUCCGCGAACUCAGAGCCAUGCAUUUCUUGGAGACCUGUUGGCAUGGCCUCCUGCCUAAUUUCUGCAACAGCAAGGAUGUGUGGAAGGAAGACACGGUGGUGUCUUGUGACUGUGUGGACCACCUGACGGGCGACCCGAAGUCCCAAGCCGCGCUGCUCUACCAGAGCGGCAAGACGCAGGCGCCCGCCUUCUUCAGAUCUGUAGAUGGAAGCACCCGGCAGGUGGGCAUGAUCAACGUUUGGACCUUGGGUGGUCGCGUGCCGGCGGUGCUGUGUGACCGCGGGCGCUUGGUGUGCCAUUGCGAAGACCCCGUCCGAGGCUGGGCGGAGUUCGAAAAGGCCUGCCGCCGCGGGCAGCUCUGCGAGCCGCCCGAGGAGGUCGAAGAAGGCGUGAGCAGUGGCUACGAACAGCAACACCAGGACUCAGAAGAUCGACAGGCUGCAGAAGAGCUUCACGAACAGAUGGAGAAGGAUGCCGCAAAGGAGCUCUCUGCUUCCAGCCUGGCGCAAGAGCCUUCGCACCGCUGCGAGUUCGGCGACCGCGUGCCGCUGGGCCAGGCCUUCUGCGAGGACUUCGGCGUUGAGCAGUGCGAAAGGACCUAUGCCAGGACCAAGCAAGGUCUCUACCACACCUGCGAAGUGGACAAGAAGAGCUUCCGCCACUGCGGCGCGCAGCUGCUGUCGGAGGCCGAAGCCAAGCAGCGGACGCAGCAGGCCAUGGCCUGGGCAGUGCAGAACUUCUACACCCCGGAGCUGGAUUGGAAGGUCCGGACCGUGAACUUCACCACAAGCGUGGUGGAGGAGCCGUGGCCACCAGCAACCCUCUUCCAGAAACAGGUGCAGGCCCGAAUGGAUGAGCAAGGCACCAUGGAGAAACUCAAGGUGCAUUCCAAUGCCUUGUGUCACACCGACAUCUACACGCUUUCGGGACAAGACCCUGAGGGACUCUUCCCCAGCAUCCUGGGCCACGAAGCCGGCACGGUGGUGGAGAGCGUGGGCGAAGGCGUCACGGGGCUGCAGCCGGGCGACAAGGUGAUCCCCUGCUACACCCCGCAGUGCGGCGAACCAGACUGCAUCUUCUGUUUCCCACCUCGAGGAAAGCGCACCAACCUCUGCCCAAAGAUUCGCGGUACCCAGGGCAGCGGUGUGAUGCCAGAUGGCACCAGCAGAUUUACAGAUGCAGAAGGGAAAGAGAUCAAGCACUUCAUGGGAUGCUCCACUUUUUCAGAGUAUACCGUGGUGGCAGACAUCUCUUGUGCCAAGGUCUCGGACACGGCACCCUUGGACGUUUGUUCGCUGUUGGGCUGCGGUGUUUCGACCGGUCUGGGCGCUGCCUGGAACACGCUGAACGUGGAGGGCGGCAGCUCGGUGGCCGUCUUCGGACUGGGCGCCGUGGGGCUCUCGGUGAUCCAAGGUGCCAAAAUGCGAGGUGCCGCUCGCAUCUUUGCGAUUGACAUGAACCCCAAGAAAUUCGAAAUGGCCAAAGAGCUAGGUGCUACAGAUUGCGUGAACCCCAAGGAUUAUGACAAGCCCAUCCAACAGGUGAUCGUGGGCAUGACCAAGUGGGGUGUGGAUUACACCUUUGAUUGCACUGGGAAUGUGGAGGUCAUGCGCGCGGCCCUGGAGUGCGCGCACCGCGGCUGGGGCGAGAGCUGCGUCAUUGGCGUGGCGGGCGCCGGGAAGGAGAUUAGCACCCGGCCGUUCCAGCUGGUGACGGGUCGAAAAUGGACCGGCACCGCCUUCGGUGGCUUCAAAGGACGCUCUGAGGUGCCGCCCUUGAUCGAUGACUAUGAGGCCGGCAGAUUAAAGUUGGACCACUACAUCACCCAUCGGUUUCAAGGCGUCGAAGGCAAUUUGAAGGCCAUUGAGGCGCUCCACUCCGGCGACUGCCUCCGAGCGGUGGUGACCUACUGAUGGUGACCAUGUCGAAGAGGCCUGAAACCUCUCGGAGCCCAAGCUGUCAAGUAGUUAAGCCAGGAGUUCGCCGCAACACCCAGCUGUUUACCAUUGUUUACCAGGUACCAAGGUGUACCAAAUGUAGCAAGAAAUUCAAAUGUCAUCACUCUUUGGGGUAAGCCUUCACUAUCGAGCACCGAUAGCUCCAGGUAGCCGGUGAGGCUGUAGGUGGCCCUUCCCGGUUUGGUGAGGGCCGUAGGACGCCGUAGGACGCCGUACCGUGAAAUUUCGUGGAAAA